AUGGCAGGCUCAGGCUUCUCUAUACAUCCACUGUUACCAUCUCUGAAAAUCAAAGUAACAGCUAUACAUCAACAUGAUGACCGAUUAUACAUUGGAUUAGCCAAUGGUUCCCUCCAAAUAUACUCAUACGAGACCCCUUCAGAAGAUGAAGUACCGAAAGCUGAACUGCUCAAAACGCAUCCUCUAAGUAGAAGACAGAUAGAUCAGAUAGGUAUAUUAGGAGAAUCAAAACAACUUAUUAUCCUAUCAGAUACCGUGGUCACUCUUUACUCUCUACCUGACAUACCUAAAAAGGGAUCUAUUGCACUGAACCAAGCUAGAUCAGCUCACUGUUUCGCCAAUACCGUGUACACCACUUCCAAGGGGAAAAAAGCCGACUCAGAUGGCAAGAAUGAGUUGAGGGAAUUGCUGGUAGUAGGAUGUAGGAAGAAAGUGGUAGUUUAUGGUGCAGGUAAAGAAGGAUUGAAAGAAGGAUGGGAACUCAAUCUACCUCAUUCACCUCGACAUAUAAUAUUCCCUUCUCCUCCUUCGUCAUUACUACCAGAGACAAUCCAUCUCCUGUUCACUCCUCAGACGUCUGUACUACUUCACAUCAACCCCUCAUCCUCCGCAAAUCGCCUGAACGUAUCUGAUAUCACCACUGCGCCCCCUCCACCGUCCACUUCGUCAAGCUUGACCACCGAGGAGGGCGGUACGACAGGAAUAACGAUGGGUAUGGGAGCUCUCACGGGUCUAGGAGGAUAUGUGGGAUUAGGUGGGAAAUCUGCUGCUCCUGUAGGAACGAGGACGGUUGGAGGGGAAGUUCUGUUAGCUAGGGAUGAUUUGGGCGCUUUCUUGUCGAGUGAAGGCAAUUACACAAGAACAGAAUCACUACAGUGGCCUGGACCUCCUGAUGCACUAGCUUUUGCGAAUCCGUAUAUCUACUCGGUCAUCCCUGUUAUACCAUCUUCAUCCACUUCAACUUCCUCUCCAGUACCAGUCCCUACCGUGCAUGUACAUCUAGCUCCAACACUAGCUCUCCGCCAAGCACUCAGUCUACCAGCCCCUGCGACAGGUGGUCUGACGGUCAGUCAUCUGGCUGGUACCAAAGACGCUAUACCAUCCUCGAUACCGGCUGAAAACAUGUCAUCGUCUACCAAGAUGCUCAUCGUGUCUACGCCGAUCGAUAGACACCUGCUUCAAUCGGAGGGAAGUUCAAUAUGGGCUUUGAUGUCGAGUGAUAUAGGAGAAGAGGUUGACUUACUGGUCAAAGAAGGUAGAAUAGGAGAUGCUAUCGGUUUGGUAGAAGCAGUAGGACAGAACGGCCUAUCGCCUUCCCGUCGAUUACCUCAUCUCAAAACAUUACAAGCUGUCACUCAAAUUGCUAAAGGAGACUACCAAUCUGCCAUGGAAACCUUCCUGACCUUCAACGUGAAUCCUGCUUUGGUGCUGUCCCUCUUCCCGGCAGAGACGAUCUCAGGUAGACUGCAUGUACCUAAAGAUCGGUGGAUGGAGUUGUUCGGUGCAGUCGAAGGUGCCAAGCUUGAACCAAACACCAGUCCAGAGAAGGAAGAAGGCGUGGCCAAGGGAUUGCUGAAGUCUGUUGCUGGGCUGGGAGGGUUGACGAAGAAAGGAAGUGUCACUGGUUUGAGGGAGAUGGCGAAUGAUACUGCUAGUAUAAAAAGUGUGAAAAGUGUGGAUAAAGAGGGAGAGAAAGAGAAAGUACCGAUAAUGAAGGAUGAAGAUCCUAUCCCACCUCGAGCUGCACUGGAAGCAUUGAUGUACUUCUUAUCUGAUCGAAGACAGAAACUGGCUGGAGCGAUUUCCACAAAUCCAUUACCUCAAGAAUCCUCUUUCCCACCAUUGUCAUCACUAUCAGCGGAUGAACAGCAUAAUCUACCUUCAAUUCCAUUCACCGAACUCUCGCCUGAACAGUUACUUAGAGUGGCUCAGGUCAUAUAUACGGGGUUAAUUAAGGUAUAUCUCGUGGCUAGACCUGUGCUGGUGGGAAGUCUAUGUAGGAUUGAGAAUUGGUGUGAUGUUGAGGAAGUAGAGGAGUUACUGAAAGCUCAGAAGAAAUUCGGUGAUUUGAUCGAUCUGUAUCAAGGGAAAAAGAUGCAUUCCAAAGCUUUAAGAAUGUUACAUGAACUGGCAAAAGAUGAAGAAGAUAAACUUGAUAGAUACCCACCUACAAUUCGAUACCUUCAAAAGCUCGGUCCAACCGAAUUGGAACUGAUACUGAAAUCGUCGAAAUGGAUAUUUGAGGAAGAUCCCAAAAUGGGAUUACAGAUAUUUACUGCAGAUGAACCUGAAGUGGAAUCUCUACCUCGAUCGGAGGUUAUGCGGUUCCUUGAGAAGACCCAAGAAGGGGCUUGUAUAGGCUAUCUUGAACAUAUCAUCAAUACUUUAGGGGAAGAGGGUCCAGAUUAUCAUGAUAAGCUGGCUGAACUGUAUCAUGCUAGAGUGAAGAAUGAAGAGGGUAAGAGUGACGAAGAGGAAAAACGUAAGGAAGCGUACAGUAUAUUACUCGGGUUCCUGGAAAAGUCAAAACAGUAUAGACCUUAUAGAUUGAUCAGUAAACUAGCGGCGGAAGAAAUGCCGGAAGCUCGAGCGAUAUUAUUGGGCAGGAUGGGCAAACACGAAGAAGCCUUGAAGAUCUACGUGUACAGGUUGAAAGACUACACAGCAGCUGAAACAUACUGUGUUCGAGUGUUUUCUUCGAAUUCUGACAUUUUCCUCACCCUUCUCAGAAUCUACCUACGACCCACGUCCAUCUCGACCUUGAGCAAAGUUAAUGAGAAGGAAAAACCAGAACCAUUAUUGGAACCAGCCCUAUCAUUAGUAUCCAAACAUUCUACUUCGCUCCCUCCAUCACCGGUUCUAGAUCUCUUGCCUCCCCUGGUCCCUAUACAAGAUGUCCAUCAAUUCUUCAUGCGGACUUUGAGGGAUAGUCAUACGAAGAAGAAUGAAUCGAAAGUUCUCAAAAGUUUGAUGAAAGGUAGGAAAGAGGAACUGGAUAGGAUGUUAUUGGGUUUGGAAACCAAGAGAGUCAGAGUAACGGAUCAGAGAAUAUGCCCUCAAUGUCAUAAACGACUUGGUCAAUCGGCUAUUGCAGUCCAUGCACCCAGGGGCGAGGUAACUCAUCUGCAUUGUAAAGAUUCGUUCAGUAGCAAGCUGGCAAAAGUGAGGGGAUAG